UUUUUGAUACUGCCACUCACAUAAUGGCAUUGAACGCGCUUCUGAAAUAUCUACCCGCUGGUUGGACAGAGGAGAAGUAUCAGCAUGCAAGUGACAAAGACUUUGCAGACAUCCCAGAAGAUAAUUUCAGCAGAAGCAAAAGUCCGCCAUGUAGAUUUCGUUCAAAAAUUCAACGCGGAAAGGACAGCCUGGGGACUUCCCUAAGGCAAUUGGACCUCGCAGAGGAGGACGAUGAUGGACUGCACUGUUUGGUCAAGCUGGUCGAAAGUGCUGGCUGGAACGAUUUUGGCUUUCUAGUGUUUCGCACACACUUCGACGACGACAACCUCUGGGAUCAAUUUCGCGAUCUGUGGGAUCCAAUCUUGCAGCAGGGUAUGGACGCAGCACCUACAUCUGCCGGACUCGAACGCGUACGAGAGAAACUGUACAUGAAGAUGGUCGACGACGAUGCACUGAGUGGUAGAUCUCCCAAAGAUGUGGCUUUCGCAUAUCGACUGUGCGAGGAAGACGAAGGUCUCGAUGAAGACGAGAUUCUAGAGCCAGGCCUUCGCACCCGAAUGUGUCUGUUCGUGGACGAAGAAUGCAUGAGGUCGGUCACUGAACCGAAGUCUGAUGUACCACCAUUUGCCAAGGCAGUAGAUGUUACCCUUGGACAAACUUCAUCGCGGUCACAAAACGCCAUCUUUAAAGUUGCGAUCAAGUCGUUGGUCAUGGAUUUCUAUCCAUCCCUGUUCUUACCAGAGAUCGAGGAUGCCACUAGACUGUGUCCGACAAGCGAAAGUAAGAUUUGGGAACAUCUGUCGCAAACUUUGCAUGGCGAGGACGAGUGGAAAAAGCUCAAGAAGAUCAUGGGGUAC